AUGGCGCCUUCACGACAUGCUGCUCCCAGUGCGGAGGAGCACUUGCGCCGAAACACCGUUGGCAUCAACAAAGAGACAGUCUCCAACGUCUCCUCCACAGAUUUCCCCGGCCACUUCCCCGGCGAAGACCACGCCUUCUCCAUCGAGCACUUCCAAUCCGCCUUUUCCAUCCAGUUCCACCGCAACGAGGCCAACGACGCUUCCUUCUCGCUCAUCGGCAUCGACGCCUCGCUCGCAAACGCCUUUCGCCGCAUCCUCAUCGCCGAGAUCCCAACCCUCGCCAUCGAAGACGUCUUUAUAGAGAACAACACCUCCGUCAUCCAGGAUGAGGUCCUCGCGCAUAGACUAGGCCUCGUACCCUUCAACGGCGGCCGCGAGGGCAUACACAACUUCCUAAAGUGGUACAAGAAGCCGGCCGCCGGCGAGGACCAGUACGCAAACAGCUUCGACUGGAACACGGUGCGCCUCGAGCUCAACGUCACAUGCACCGUCAACCAGGACGCCGCGCCGACGGAAAACGACCCGCUCAAGGCGUACCACCACGCGCACGUCUACGCAAGGGACAUUGUCUUUGCGCCGACGGGCAGGCAGGCCGAGUAUUUCAGCGGCGAAAACGCCAUCCGGCCCGUCAACCCAGACAUCCUUAUAGCCAAGCUGCGGCCCAAGCAGACCAUCAACCUGGCCAUGCACAUGCACAAGGGCAUCGGCGCAGACCACUCCAAGUUCUCGCCCGUCGCCACCGCCUCCUACCGCCUGCUGCCGCUCAUCCACAUCACCCGGCCCAUCCUCGGCGCCGACGCCGAAAAGUUCCAAAAGUGCUUCCCCGAGGGCGUCAUUGGCCUCGAACCAGUCACGAGGGAGGACGUCAGCAAGGCCGGCAGCGGCUACGAGGGCCACCUGGGCGAGGUCAAGGCCGUGGUCAAGGAUUCGAUGAAGGACACGGUCAGCAGAGAGGCGCUGCGCCAUGCCGAGUUUGAGGGCAAGGUGAAGCUCGGCCGGAGGAGAGACCACUUCAUCUUUUCGAUUGAGAGCACGGGCCAGUGGGAUAGCGACGAGCUGUUCCUCGAGUCGGUGAAGCAUUUGAAGCUAAAGUGCAAAAAGCUGGAGCAGCAGGUGAUUAACAUGGUUCAGUGA